UCUUCUGAUCACUGCCAUGGAGCCUAACAGCCCUAAAAAGAUACAAUUUGCCGUGCCGUUAUUUCAAAGUCAGAUAGAUCCUGAAGCUGCUGAACAGAUCAGGAAAAGAAGGCCUACGCCAGCUUCACUAGUCAUUAUGACUGAUUCGCCUCCCGAAAUAGAUGACAAGAGAAUGAACAACAACUCUCAAGCAGAAUCACAGAAUGCCUCCCCAAAACAAAGGAAGCAGAGUGUCUAUGCCCCUCCAGCCAUGAAAGGGGUUAAGCAUCUGAAAAACCAGACUGGCUCCGCAUUCCCAGAGGAAGACGAAGGGGUCAACGAAAGGGAUGAAGAGUGGAGCCCGUAACUGGUGCCGAGGGUCUGCGGGGGAACCUUUCUUGUCAAUAACUGAACUGCUAAACUUUCCGUACUUACAAUGGAACUUGGAUGCUUCGUGUUCCUGACCCAAAGCAGUCUUUACCUCCAUACCCAACAGCAGGGAAUAUUUCAUGGUAGAAUCGACAGCAGUUUGCUGAAUUGGCCCGUGAAACCUUAUAACUGGGGUGGGGUGGGGAAUAACCCUUUCUUUUACAGUUGUUUUCCUUCUUGUUUUUAAUGACUUCGGAUAUGUCGUUUGCAAACGUGUUAAGUCUUCUCUCUUUAGUGUUGCCACGUCUUAAAUUCUGAAUGUGAUCUAAGAUUGAUUGUA